GAACAAACUACAGAAACAAGCAUACCUAUACCUCCCAGUGCAGGCAAUGAUACUUUAUGCCCCAGUCUCUCUUCUCAAGCUAUAUGUUCUCACUCACCUCCUUCUCAUUCACCUUCUUCUAACGUGUUUUCUAUUCAUCACAAUUUGGAAGUCAUCACUCAUUAUCAUCCCACUCAGAUAACGGUCGAUGCUAUUUACAAAUCUAAGGCAGAUCUCAUCCACCAUUUAAAGUUGUACGCCAUAGAUAAUGGUUUUCAAUACCAAACACUCACAUCAAAGAAGACUUGUUUGCACGUUAUCUGCGUGUUCGAAAAAUGUAAAUGGGCUGUGAGGGCUGUUCUACGUGGCGUCCAAAUGUUUCAAAUCAGAAGGUUUGAUUCAACCCACACAUGCCCGGUUGAUUUUAGGCAAGGAAAGCAUCGCCAAGCUACAUAUCGCACUGUAGCAGAACUCGUUUCUCAUAAGUUCUUGGAUGCUUCUAGAAAACCAUAUGCACCUAACCAAAUACGGGAUGACAUGAGCUUCAUGCACGGCAUUUCCAUGUCAUACAAAAAGGCCUGGAAAGCUCAAAAGAUCGCAAUGCAAAAACAAUUUGGAUCAGAUUCUGAGUCCUAUCAAAUUUUACCAUCAAUGGCGUAUAUGCUAGCUGACGCAAAUCCAAAUUCUGUUAUUUCUCUUGUAACAGACGAUGAUGAUGUGUUUCGCUAUUUUUUCAUGUCCCUUGCACCUUGGAGGCAGGCAUGGCUGUUUUGCAGGCCUAUUCUAAUUUUAGACGGAUCAUUUUUGAAGGCGUAUUACAAAGGAACACUGCUCACAGCUUGUGCACAAGAUGCGAACGACCACAUUGUCCCAUUGGCCUUUGGAGUUUGUGAUUCUGAGUCUAAAGCGUCUUGGCUUUGGUUUCUUUCGAAAGUGUCUGAAUCACUGACAUUUAGGGACGAUUUGUACAUACUAUCUGACAGGAAUGAAGGUCUACUCAGUGCUGCUAAAGAAAUUUUCCCACAUGCUAGCCAUGGCUAUUGUGUGGAGCAUCUUCGUCGUAAUAUGGUCUCAAAAUUUAAAGGGUCUGCUGUUGAUUUAGGUUGGAAAUUUAAGGCUGCCUAUAAGGCUGCAACACUCAAGGAGUUUGAAGAGUACAUGUGUUUGCUAGAUUCUCAAGAUGUUCGUAUACGCCCUUGGCUUGAAAAAGUUGGGACUCACAAGUGGGCAAAGUGUAUGUGUGGUCCUAGCCGAUAUGAUGUCAUGACCUCAAAUUGCGCAGAAUCAAUGAACAAUGUCAAUGCUGCUGCGAGGGAGUAUUGUAUUGCCAAGCUUCUUGAUUUCAUUAGGGAAAGAAUGCAACAAUGGUUUGUUAAGAGAAAGGAAAAGGCUGAAAAGACCCAAACUAUUUUGACAAAUAAGCAUGAGAAACAUCUGGUUGCUCUUCAAAGCCAAGCUGCAAAGUUGAAGGUCAAGCCGGCAUCAUAUUUUGAGUUUGAAGUUGUUGAUAGGCAUUGUAGAUCGUUUGUUGUCGACCUUCAGGCUCGAACAUGCACAUGCGCAGAGUUUCAACUCAAUCACUUUGUCUGUGUCCAUGGGGUUGCUGCUAUUGGUAUCUGCCCUCGUGUAUCUUGUUACGAUUAUAUUUCCCCUUAUUACACACGAGAUUACUGGCUUUCUACAUGGACUGGUGUUAUGCACCCUAUUCGUGACAGAGAAUCUUGGUUGGUGCCUUCUCAUAUAUCAAGCAUUCGUUGUAAGCCCCCAUCCUGUUCAAAAAGACCACCUGGUCGUCCCAGGAAGUCAAGAAUACCUUCCAUUGGUGAGCAUCGUGGGACGAAACGCUCAAAAUGUUCUCGGUGCCAUACACUCGGUCAUAAUAAGAAGACAUGCCGCAAUCCUAUUCCAGCAACGUCUCAUUAGUGAUGCUUUUAUAUUUACUUGUUUGUAUUCCUAUUUUGGAUCAUAGAAGAUAUAUGAACUUGUUGUCUUUAGAACAUAUUAUGAUAUAUCCAUUCUGAAACAUGUCCUUUUCGUUUAAUGCAAAAGUAUUUGCAUUAGUUUAGCACUGUCCGUUGUUGAACUAUUUGUUAAACCAUCUAUUCUGGAACAUAUCCAUUCUGUAUAUUUUAAUCCCAGCAAUGCAAUAUCCUCCUUCUUAUGUA